AUGUCUGGAAGAAAGAUUCAGGAAGAAGAUGAUCCACCUGACAUACCAGAUGGACUCUGCUUUAAAAAAUCCUUGAAACUGUUUCAGAAACUGGUUGACACAACAGUUGCUCAGAAAAGGGAGGAAAGAUUAGGCUCACGUGUACAAGAUGCUGAGGAAAUGGAUUAUGACAAAUUCUUUGAUGCAGUAAAGAAUCUUUUUGGUCCAGAUGUGAAAGCCCAAGAUGUCAAAACCUUCUAUAGGAAGAUUAGCAACAACCCAGAUGGACGGACAGAAUGGUGUGAGAUCUUUGGAUAUUAUAUGGUGGAGGGUGAUGCUCUUGCUGCCCAACUUGAUGAAGAAAAUAUGGUUUUCCUGGUAUCCAAAAAGCAACGGAUUACGAAAGCAGGAGUCAAGAGAAGUGAUGUAAUAAAAUGCAUGACAAAGGUAUCUCAACUUGAUUUUUUGGUAACAGCAUCUCAGAAAGGAAUGUUGUCUAUUUUUUCCAGCCAGAUGCGGAUCCUAGCAAGCACCAGCAUCCCAGAUACUCCCUGGAUCACUGGGUGUGAUUACAUUGGACAACUCAAGCGUGUUGUUGCUGUGACAGAAAGAACUAUCAUCAUAUGGGAUUAUAAAACACAAGGGAAUGCCCUGGAUAACUGCUUUAUAAUCAAACCCAUGGAACAUUGCCUCCUCACUGUUUCUGCCAUUCCUCGCCCAUCAGAACUGCUAAUGAAGGAUGACAUCUUACUGGGGGAUGAUGGUGGAUAUGUCACUUUGUUUACAAUGACCAGUGAUGACUUUGGUCUCAAACAAACUAAAUCUAAAAAGAAUUUGCAAAUAGUGAUUUUAGAUUCUAGGAAAUUCAAAAGCAUUAAACGCAAACUGCAUGAUGACUGGGUUGUAAAAGUAAAAUACAUUCCAGCUUUGAAUUGUUUUGGUUCCUGCUCACUGGAUAGCAAUCAUUCACUGGUUUUGGAUGACCUGAAAAGACUUGAAGACAAUGUGCCUGUCAGGGAUUUUUCAGUACCAAGGGGAGUUAAUGCUUUCACGUAUUGUGGAAAAGCUAAUAUUGUUGUUACAGGAGGAGAUGAUAAAAUUCUUCGUUUAUGGCAUCCAAACAUCAACACCAAGCCAGUGGGGAAACUGAUGGGACAUUUAUUUACUAUCACGGAGAUUGUCACCAAUGAAAAAGAUCAACAUAUUAUCAGCCUUUCUACUGCAAAG